UUAAUACAGGGUGUUAGCGCAAUAGGGCGUGUUAUCCUACCCUUCCUUAUCUUUGCUAGUAAGACUAAUAACAACAUCGCGCUGGCGUGGCUUAAGCAUUUUGACGUCUAUACAAAGGUGUCCUCUGCUGGGGCGUAUAGGCUGCUUAUUAUCAACAGUCAUGAGAGCCACUGCUCGAUAGAAUUCCAGGACUACUGCAAGGAGAACAAGAUUAUCACUCUCUGCAUGCCACCACACUCAUCACACAUCCUGCAGCCUCUUGACGUUGUCCCCUACUCGCUGUUAAAGCGCCACUACAGUGACAGGAUCUCGCUCUUAGCACGCAGCCGCAUCUACUAUAUUAACAAAGAAACCUUCCUCCUAGCCUUUAAAGUAGCUUUUAAGAAGAUGUUUACACUAGAGAAUAUUUGCGCAGGGUUUUAAGGCGCUAGACUAGUCCUGCAUAACCCUAAGGUUGUGUUAUUAAAGCUUGAUGUACAGCUGCGCACGCCAACGCCACCUGCACCAGGCACUGUUGCCUAGGAGGCGCAAACACCGCGCAACGCCCGUGAGAUAGAGGCGCAAUCCACGCUAAUUCAAAAUUGCAUACA